CUUAAUUCGAUUCAACUGCGUCCGCUUCAUUUCCGAAAUUUCAGCUUUUUCGCGAAUGACUCCGCUUUGAAUUUUUAAUUUCGCAACAGCAGCAGCAGUUUGAUCUUGUGUCGCCGCGGCGUCAGAUUUUAGGAAGCCAUGACUAAGAAGUACGAAUUCAACUGGCGCAUCCCGGUUCCUGAUUUUCUGCAGCAGGGAAUCGUCGGUGACCGCUGGACCGAGGAAAAAGAAUCUUACGACUACGAGCAGGCCUGCACAUUUAAAGUCGACGACUAUGGCUUCUUUGUGUAUUGGAAAAGCCCCAGCAAGGAAGGUGACGUGCAAGAGUUGGCUCAAGUUUGUGAUAUUCGCUAUGGUGGAAUGCCUACUAAUCCAAAACUGCUGAGUACUUUGAUUAAAAACCACGGAAACAACGUUGACGAAAAGAGUUUGACAAUCUGCAGCGGUGCCGAUUACGUCAAUAUUAAUUACCUCCACGUGAUUUGCCCUGAUGCAGACACAGCAAAGAAAUGGCAGCAAGGCUUGCGAGAUAUAACCCACAACAACAAGGCGUACAAUGUGUGUCCGCGAAUCAGUUUGAUGAAACAUUGGAUGAGACUCCGCUUCCUGGUCAACGCCAAGGGUCAAAUGCCCGUGAAAGUUAUUACCAAGACUUUUGCCUCUGGAAAAACCGAGAAGCUCGUUUACUCCAGCUUGGCAGAAUUAGGACUUCCGAACGGCAAGGGUGAUGCUAUGGACAUCGAAGAGUUCACUUUUGAUAAAUUCUACGCCUUGUACCACAAAAUUUGCCCGAGAAACGACAUCGACGAACUCUUCCAGAUGAUAACGCGAGGCAAAGAUUUUGUCACUCUGCAACAACUGGUGACCUUCAUGAACGAAAAGCAGCGAGAUCCGCGGCUAAACGAAAUCUUGUAUCCUCUGUACAGCGAGAAAAGAUGUACAGAAAUCAUAAAUGACUACGAAAAUAAUGAAGAUCUAAAGAAAGAGCUGAAAAUCAGCAGGGAUGGAAUGAUUAAUUACCUGAUGAGCGACGAAAACGCGCCGGUGUUCUUGGAUCGGCUCGACAUGUACAUGGACAUGGACCAGCCUCUGGCGCACUACUACGUCAACUCGUCCCACAACACCUACCUCUCCGGCCGUCAGUUUGGUGGCAAAAGUACAGCCGAGAUGUACCGUCAGACCUUGCUGGCCGGCUGCCGAUGCGUCGAGCUCGAUUGCUGGGACGGAAAGGGCGAAGACGAAGAGCCGAUUAUUACUCACGGAAAAGCCAUGUGCACCGACAUCUCUUACAAAGAGGCAAUUAUUGCCAUUCGUGACUGCGCUUUUGUGACGUCCGACUACCCGAUCAUCUUGUCUUUUGAAAACCACUGCUGCAAAAGCCAGCAGUACAAAAUGGCCAAAUAUUGCGACGAAAUUUUCGGCGACCUUCUACUGAAGGAGGCAAUGCCUGGCUACCCUCUCGAGCCUGGAUGCCCGCUGCCCCCUCCUAGUGCCAUGAAGCGAAAAAUCCUCAUCAAGAACAAGCGCAUGAAGCCGGAUCAGGAAAAGGCUGAGAUGGAACUUUUCUUGAAGGGCCAACUGGUUCUGGAUAACGAAGAAAAGGAAGACGCUUCAGCUGUCGCUCCACCAAAGGAUCAACUGCCUGAUCCGAACGAGCCUGCUGCAGAAGGUGCGCCAGGCGCUGAAGGUGGACCUGAGGGAGCUGCCAUGCCCGCUCACACCGGCUCUACAACCAAUGUGCAUCCCUGGCUCUCCUCGAUGGUCAACUACGCUCAGCCCGUCAAGUUCCAGGGCUUUGAUGCCGCGAUCAAAAAGAAUAUUCACCACAACAUGUCAUCCUUUGCUGAGAACGCUGGUAUGAACUUCAUCAAAACCAACGGUAUCGACUUUGUCAACUACAACAAAAGGCAGAUCAGCCGAAUCUAUCCCAAAGGCGCCCGCGUGGACUCUUCCAACUACAUGCCUCAGGUCUUCUGGAAUGCUGGGUGCCAGUUGGUGUCGCUGAACUUCCAAACGCCCGAUUUGCCGAUGCAGCUGAACCAGGGCAAGUUUGAGUACAACGGCAACUGCGGCUACCUGCUGAAGCCAGAGUUCAUGCGGCGAGUGGACAGAAGCUUCGACCCCUUCGCCGAGACCUCUGUGGACGGUGUCAUCGCUGCCCAGUGUUCCGUGCAGGUCAUUGCAGGUCAGUUCUUGUCUGAUAAGAAAGUGGGCACCUACGUGGAGGUGGACAUGUACGGUCUGCCGGCUGACACCAUCAGGAAGGAAUUCAGGACCAGACUGGUGCCUCUCAACGGCUUGAAUCCUGUUUACAAUGAAGAUCCUUUCUUGUUUCGUAAAAUUGUGAUGCCUGACUUGGCCGUGCUCAGAUUCGGCGUCUUUGAUGAAAACGGCAAGUUGCUCGGUCAGCGAAUCUUGCCGCUGGACGGUUUGCAAGCAGGCUACCGGCAUAUUUCGCUGCGAACGGAAGGAAACUUCCCCAUGGCAUUGCCCAUGCUGUUCUGUAACAUCGAACUCAAGAUCUACGUUCCCGACGGUCUCGGAGACUUCAUGGCUGCUUUGUCCGAUCCAAAGGCGUUCGCCAAAGCUCAGGAGCAGCGAGACGAGCAGAUGAAAUCGAUGGGAAUUCAAGAUGCGAAAGUCGAUUCUAAAGCUGCUGAAGCUGAGAAGAAAAAGGCUCUUGAAAUCAAAUUCGAAGAAAUCACCGUUGAAAGCCUUAGGAACGAGAAAGGGUUCGCAAAGGUGGGCAAGAAGCAGCAAAAGGAGCUAGAGACCAUGCGCAAGAAGCACUUGAAAGAACGACAGACUUUCCAGAAGAAUCACACUGCUGCCGCUGAAAAGCUGGGCAAGGGAAGAAAGCCAGAAGAGAUCAUGAAGGACGAUAGCAUACUGAAGGUCGUAAAGGAACAAACGACCCAGUGGUCGGAAAUGGUGGAAAGACAGCUGAAGGAGGAGUGGACCAUGCUCAAGGCUCACCUGAAAGACAGCGAGGAGCUGCUGAAAAAGCUCAUGUCUGAUGCUCAGUUGGCGCAGGUCAAGCAGCUGGAAGUCCGUCUCGACAAGGACGAAAAGGACCUGGUGGCGUCCCAGUCCAAGGUGAGCGUGGAGACCGCCAAGGAGGUGGCCAACGACAAGACGCUCAAGACCAAAAACGACAAGGACCGUCGACUGAAGGAGAAACAGCAGACCAACACGAAACGCUUCAUGGAGGAGCGAAAGACGGCCAAGAUCCGCGCAGCCAAGGAGACGGAGAAGCUGAAGAAGAAGCACGAGUCAACCGAAAAGGUUCUGACGGCAGAAAUCGCUGCGAUUAUUCAACUGUACGAAGUGGAAGAAGUCGAGUUCAACAUGGGUGCAAAGAAUUACUGCUAUGUUUAGUCUUAGACGUCGUAAGAGGCGACCGAGAUAAACUGCUGCUGAAUAUUUAUUUGUAUUUUACAGCCCAUUUGUUAAAUUAGGCUAGUCAUUGUAUUAAAUUUAAUACUACUGCUCAAACAAUA